AAGCAGCGCGGCGCUCAGGGCAAGGUCCACUGGGGCGCGGCGGUGCAGCGCGAAGGGCGCGGAGAGAGGGCGCUGCUCCGCGGCUCUGCCACCUCCCGCCGGCUCCUGCGCUUCCCCCGCGCGCCCACGGCGCCGCCUCGCUCCUCCCGCUUCCCCUUGACCCCCGCGCUCCCGUGCGCGCGCGCCCGCUUGCCUGUUUCCUGUCGCCGUCGCUACCCCGGCCAUGGCGACCUGCUUCUGGCUGCGGAGCUCCGGGGCCCGGCGCCUCGGUUGGACGUUUCCCGGCUGUUGCCUCCGCCCCCGCUCCGGCGGCCCGGCGGCUGCCUCGGGUCCAGCGCCCGGCCCGGCCCAGCUCCGCGGCUAUGCUGGGGGCCUGGCGGGCCUCUCCGCCGCGCUGCUGCGCACCGACAGCUUCGUGGGCGGCCGCUGGCUCCCGGCCGCCGCCACCUUCCCGGUGCAGGACCCGGCCAGCGGCGCCUCCCUGGGCAUGGUGGCCGACUGCGGGGUGCCCGAGGCCCGCGCCGCUGUGCGCGCCGCCUACGAGGCUUUCUGCAGCUGGAAGGGGGUCUCGGCCAAGGAGAGGAGUUCAUUACUUCGGAAGUGGUACGAUUUAAUGAUAAAAAAUAAGGACGAUCUUGCCAAAAUCAUCACAGCUGAAAGUGGAAAGCCACUGAAGGAGGCGCAGGGAGAAAUCCUCUAUUCCGCCCUUUUCCUGGAGUGGUUCUCAGAGGAAGCACGCCGUGUUUACGGGGACAUUAUCUACACCUCGGCAAGGGACAAGCGGUCCCUGGUCCUCAAGCAGCCCGUAGGUGUGGCUGCAGUCAUCACCCCGUGGAAUUUCCCCAGUGCCAUGAUCACCCGGAAGGUGGGGGCUGCCCUGGCAGCUGGCUGCACCGUGGUGGUGAAGCCCGCCGAAGACACGCCCUUCUCCGCGCUGGCCCUGGCUGAGCUUGCAAACCAGGCUGGAAUUCCUCCCGGCGUCUACAAUGUCAUUCCCUGCUCUCGAAAAAAUGCCAAGGAAGUAGGGGAGGUGAUUUGUACUGAUCCUCUGGUGUCCAAAAUUUCCUUUACUGGUUCAACAACCACAGGAAAGGUCCUGUUGCACCAUGCAGCAAACUCUGUGAAAAGGGUGUCCAUGGAGCUGGGUGGCCUCGCUCCAUUUAUAGUAUUUGACAGUGCCAACGUGGACCAGGCCGUGGCAGGGGCAAUGGCAUCUAAAUUUAGGAACACUGGACAGACUUGUGUUUGCUCAAACCGAUUCUUGGUGCAAAGGGGCAUCCAUGAUGCCUUUGUAAAGGCAUUUGCCGAGGCCAUGAAGAAGAACCUGCGUGUAGGUAAUGGAUUCGAGGAGGGAACUACCCAGGGCCCGUUAAUUAAUGAAAAAGCGGUGGAAAAGGUGGAGAAACAGGUGAAUGAUGCUGUUUGUAAAGGGGCCACCAUCGUGACAGGCGGAAAACGACACCAACUUGGAAAAAACUUCUUUGAGCCCACCCUGCUCAGCAAUGUCACCCAGGACAUGCUGUGCUCUCACGAAGAGACUUUUGGGCCUCUGGCACCCGUUAUCAAAUUCGAUACAGAGGAGGAGGCUAUUGCAAUCGCCAACGCAGCUGAUGUUGGGUUAGCAGGCUAUUUUUACUCUCAGGACCCAGCCCAGAUCUGGAGAGUGGCAGAGCAGCUGGAAGUGGGCAUGGUUGGCGUCAACGAGGGACUGAUUUCCUCCGUGGAAUGCCCUUUCGGUGGAGUGAAGCAGUCUGGGCUUGGGCGAGAGGGGUCUAAGUACGGUAUCGAUGAGUACCUGGAACUCAAGUAUGUGUGUUACGGGGGCUUGUAGGAUUCUUUGGUUCUUUAAAAAAAGUUCAAAGGAGGCUUACCUACAUACAUAGGUACGUGCCAUCCGUUAUUUUAAACGAAGUAGUAGGUUUUCAGAGUUGUGAAUUUUUCAAAACUCAUCCAGUCCUCGUAAUCUUACCCCUGCCCUUAACCUAACUAGGGACCAAGACGUGCCACGUGCCUGUGGCUGCAGACUUCAGGAGAACCAGCACUGGGUGUACAGAAUGAGACCCUGGCUCCCCAGUGCGGCCUGGGCUGCCUGAGAGUAGGCACAGCGAGGGCAGAACAGCCCCUCCGCCGUCACAAAGGCUUGAUCACUGCCUGGGCAGUGGCACAGUUAUCCCCCACGUGGCUACAGAAUAUGGGCCCAGAGCAACUUGAAGGAGACCCUUGCCUGUGACUGGCAGGCAGGUGGGAGGCACAGCACCCCUCCCCGGCAUCUGCCAGCUCAGCACCUAAGACAGAGAAGCGCAUUGCGGGUGUUGUGGCAGUUUUGACUAAGCCAUCUUUCAAAGACAGUAAAUGGUAUGGAAUUGUCUGUGCUUCUGAGAGACAUGAAGGAGCACCUCUCCCUAUUCCUGAACCAGUUUUUUACUUGACGUCUUUAUUAUCCUAAAUUUACUGCUGAAUUCUAUUUUCAUUUCUGUCCCCUUUGCCACUUCGUUUCCCUUCCUUAAGGACGUGAGCUCAAGUGAAAAGCAAAGAAUAGCAGGAGCCGCUCUACGGGAUGGAAGGGAGGCAUGCAGGGGCGCGGCCUGCGGGAUGGAAGGGAGGCAUACAGGGGCUUGUCACCUGGGGCCUGUGUGCAGCACCUUCCGCCCCACGCGUACAGUGGAGGUUCUGUACAGACCUUACUUAGCUCCCUUCGAUAUUGUGAGCCAGAGAGAAAGUAAAAGUACCGCUCAAAAAAGUGAAAAUUCUAAGGAUGUACAAGAGCCAUUGUUAUGAGCAGCACUGCCCAGCCCUUUUUUGCUUACUGGCAAUGGCUUUGCCAAGAUGGGAGGAGGCUGAUGCCCACCUGCCCACCCACCUGUGCCUGAAUAAAUGGCUUUCACCUGCAGCCUGUUCCUUCCGUCCUGGUGUGGUGCUGCUCCCUCACCUCCAAAAGAGCAAAAAGCACUGUCACCACAGUCAGCUCACAAGGGAAAGAAUUUCUGUAACUGUCAGUGCAGUUUGUAGCAGGGCACAAGCCCCUGAAUUUCAGGCACCUUUGAUCUAGCAAGAGUUUUUACAGCUCAUCAUUCAAAUAGCACACAAGAAACAAAAGCCCCUGUGACUGGUGUUGCCUCUCACGUUGAACGAAAGACUCUGUAAUCUUAAACAGAUGUAAAUCCAAUUAAGAAAACUCUAAGCUCUUCUAGACAUGCCUCUUAGCCACAUAAGAAUAAAGGUAAUUCCUGGCCAGGUAGGUAGGUGGAGAUGAAGCACCUCCCUUUCCCCAUCUUUGUCUGUGUAGACUCCACGUACGUCCUCUGGUUAUUCUGGGUCGUAAAAGGAAAAUGUGAAUGAAAGUAGAGCUAGAUGCAGUUACUCCUGACCUGCACCUAGGAUUUAACAUCCCUCGCUGAGCCACCGGGAAGCUGUGGUUGAGUAAAGGUCUGGCAAGUCCCUGCGCACACAGGGAGCCGCGUGGCACCUGGCCUGGGGUGUACCAGCCACCUCCCCAAGGAGAAGCAAGAGCUGAAAUUCCUCUCCUCGUGGCAAGGCCCUGGCCUGUCAAGAUCACAUACUCAGUCAGCAUUUUGCUCUUUAUUUGUAGAGUUUUUCGGUGGUUUUAUAUAACAUUCUAAUUACUUAUGAUUUAGGUAUAUCCAUCCUUUUUCUAUUAAGAAUACAAAUGCUCCAAUGUUAUUUUCUGUAAGUCUGGAUUACUAACGCUGAGCUGUGUGCAGGAAUACUUCCUAAUUCAUUUUUAACAGUGUAAGCUAGUAGAUUCUUUAGUCGGGUGGCAGAUUUUGAGUCUGCCUGCAUGUUUGGCUCAGGGGUUCAUAAAUUGAGGGCCAGGGACUCAUUGUAAUCUCCUUGUCCAUUUUGUAAUUAGAGGAACUAGCUUAUUGUUUAGUAAAAUGGUCCCUGUUUGUGGGAAGCAGGGGAAGUGUUUUUAACUGAACAUUUUGUUGUUUUUUAAAGUGCCCAUACGUGAUGGGAUUUAUAAAUAAAUAUAUUGCACAACAUGGACUAGAAAAGAACCAUCAGAUCAGGGGUGGGCAAACUAUGGCCCACAAAGCAGAUCUGGCCUGACACCUGUUUUUUUGUACAACCCGUGAGCUAAGAUUGGUUUAAAUGUUUUCAAAUGAUUGUGCAGAAAAUCAAAAGAAGAACAAUAUUUCAUGGCACCUGAAAAUCCUAUGGAGUUCAGAUUUCAGUGUGCAUUAGCCACGGCUCUUCAUUCACGGUGCGGGCCGGGCCUGCUUUCUUGGCAGAGUUGAAUCUGUUGGGAGAAGGACAGUAUAGCCUGCAAAGCCUCUAAUGUUUACUGCUCGUCUCCUUAAAGAAAACAUGUGUCCGCUCCUGAUCCAGACCAGGAGGGAGAUAGACCUUUCUUGCGUUUAUCAGGCGUUAUUUCAUUUUACUGGACACCUCCUGUGAAGAAGGUACUUUUCCAGCAUUGCUUCCACGAAUUCCCAGAGGAACCUCCCAGCAACGAUAACGCAGAUGAAAUUAGCCGCAUAACAAGAGUCUAUUGGCCUUGAAAAAACAGUUCCCCUUGAACUUCCUCCAGCUAUGCUGGGAUUCUCAUUAAAGAGCUGAUCUGCUUCUGUUUAUCCAUUUCAGUGGCUUUUAAAUACGAUUUUAAGUGAAGUGCUGUUUGUUUAUUCUACUAAAGAGACGCGGCAGAAGCAAAAAUCAGAAGCAAAUGUGAGCAAAUCUGCUUUACUGUUAACUUCAGUUACACACUUGAAGUUGUGCCACAUGACUUCUUCCUCUAAAGACAGGAGCCUAGUGUUUUAAUCACCCAUGUGCAGCUAUUUUAAGUCGCAUUUUACUUGAAUAAUACUGACGCUGUCAUUGUUCCAUGCCGUACUUUGUGGGAUAAAAAUUAGGAAUGAGUAUGGUGAGGUAUUUAUAAAGUUUUGCUUUUUAAACAUGUGGACGUAACCUAUUUUUCUAGUUUCUGACAAUUGUGUGUUGCAGUGUCUAGCCUGCAGACAGAGUGGAGUGUGCAGAUAAUAAAUGUUGUAUGAACAAA